AUGCCUCCAAAGAGGAAAAAUGAUACGGCCAUUAAGGUUGAAGAUGUUGGGGUGGAGGUAGAUGCUGUGUUAGACAGUGGAAGUGAAGAUGAGGCCAGGAGGAGAACUAAAAACAGAAGAGCCAAACCACAACGUAAAGCUAAACGGGUUAGCGAUGAUGAGGAGGAUGAAGAGGAUGAGGAUGAGGCACCAAGGAAAAGAGGUAGAAAGAAGAAGGCCAAGCCCCGGGACAGCGAUGAAGACGGUGAGGAAGAAAUCCGGAGUGUCAAAAGCAAAAGUUCAAAAGCCUCCAGGAAGAAAGCUGCUAAGGAGGAAAGCGAUGAAGAGAGCGAAGACGACAGAGGGAAAAAGAAAAAACAAGAGUCCAAAAAGGAGAAAGAGGAGCAGAAUAAGGGGAAGAAGGGAAAUGUUAAAGAAAAAGAAGGGAAGGAUAAAGGUGGCGAGAAGGACAAGAAAAACAAGAAUAGGAAGAUGAGCAGCUCUGAUCAUUCGUCCUCUGAUGACGAUGAAGAGUCGCUGUCGGAGGGAGAGAUCGAAGCCCUGAAGGAACAGGUAGAGGAAAAGAAGAAACUGAUCGCUACGUUAAGGAACAAACCCUGGCGCAUGAAGAGGAAACUUGUACUGCACAAGGAGGCCCAGGAGUUUGUUGAAAAAUUUGAAGGAGCUCUAGGGAAAGGAAAAGGCAGGAGGCUUUAUGUAUUCAAAGUCAUGAUGACCAAGAAACUACUGAAGUUUAAACGUGACUUUGAGAACUUUAAAACAGCCUGUAUACCAUGGGAGAUGAAGAUAAAGGAAGUAGAAAGUCACUUUGGAUCAUCUGUAGCAUCCUACUUUAUUUUUCUGAGGUGGAUGUAUGGGCUCAAUCUGGUCCUGUUUGGGCUCAUGUUUGGCUUGGUGGUGGUUCCAGAGAUUCUUAUGGGUCUUCCCUAUGGGUCCAUACCCAGGAAAACUGUGCCUCGAGAUGAACAGGCCACAGCCAUGGACUACUCUGUGCUCCUUGACUUUGGAGGAUACUGCAAGUACUCCUUUCUGUUCUACGGGUACUACAACAAUGUGAGAAAGAUCGGGGUGCUGCAGUUCAGACUACCUCUGUCAUAUCUGCUGGUGUGUGUUGGCAUCUAUGGAUACAGCCUGAUGGUUGUCAUAAGAACGAUGGCUCGUAACGCAAAUGAAGGAGGGGAUGGGGCAGAGGAAGGAGAUUUCACCUUCAGCUGGAAGAUGUUCACCAGCUGGGACUACCUGAUAGGAAACCCAGAGACUGCAGACAAUAAGUACGCCUCCAUUACCACCAGCUUCAAGGAAUCCAUUGUGGAUGAACAGGAGAACCAGAAAGAUGAGAACAUACACCUCAGACGGUUCCUCAGAGUUCUGGCAAACGUUCUGAUCACAUGCUGCCUUGGAGGCAGCGGAUACCUCAUCUACUUUGUGGUGAAACGGUCUCAGGACCUUGCUAAGACGAAUCCGGACAAUCUCUCAUGGUUUGACAAGAAUGAGGUGGAGUUUGUGAUGUCUCUGCUGGGGCUGGUGUGUCCUCCUCUGUUUGAAGCCAUCGCAGAAUUGGAAGAUUAUCACCCUCGGAUUGCCCUCAAGUGGCAGCUGGGACGUAUCUUUGCCCUCUUCCUGGGAAACCUUUACACCUUCCUCUUUGCCUUGUUUGAUGAGGUUACUGCACAGUUGGACACCGAGAAGGUAAUCAAGAAUGAAACUGAAUGGGCUUUGAAUCAGUACUAUGCCAACUACAGCUCCCACUACAACACGACGAACGUGCCUCCUCUGGAAAUACACCCAGCCGACGUCAUCAGAGGACCCUGCUGGGAGACGGGAGUUGGAAUAGAAUUUGUGAAGCUGACCGUGUCGGACACGCAGGUGACCUAUUUGACCAUCCUGGUUGGUGACUUUAUGCGAGCUUUUGUUGUCCGCUUCCUAAACUACUGCUGGUGUUGGGACCUGGAAGCUGGAUUUCCUUCUUAUGCAGAAUUUGAAAUCAGUGAAAACGUGCUGGGGCUUAUCUUCAAUCAAGGAAUGAUAUGGAUGGGAGCCUUUUAUGCUCCAGGUCUGGUGGGUGUGAACGUUUUGCGUCUCCUGGUCUCGAUGUACUUCCAGUGCUGGGCAGUGAUGUGCUGCAACGUUCCUCAUGAGCGAGUUUUCAAGGCCUCACGGUCUAACAACUUCUACAUGGGCCUGUUGCUGCUUGUGCUGUUCCUCAGCUUGCUGCCUGUUGUUUACACCAUCAUGACCAUGUCCCCGUCGUUUGACUGUGGGCCAUUCAGUGGCCAGGAGAAGAUAUACGAUGUGGUCAUGGAGACUAUAGACCAGGAUCUACCAGCCUUCAUAGGGAAUAUUUUUUCAUAUGCCACCAACCCUGGAGUCAUCAUGCCUGCUGUCCUCCUCAUGGUGUUGGCCAUCUACUACCUGAAUGCAGUGUCAAAAGGAUACCAAGAAGCAAACAAUGGCCUUAAAAAGAAGAUGCAAAUGGCUCGAGACGAGGAGAAGAACCGCAGGAACAACAAGGACAGCACUAAUCAAGUGAUGAAAGACUUGGAGGACCUGCUGCCAAACAAGUCUCUAAUACCACCUCCCUCCGAGGAAGAGCCCCCGCCCGAUGUCGUAAUUGAGAAGUCUCCCAAAACGAGGCCAGGUGCAGCAGCAAAAGGGGUUAAUCUGCAAAAAGAUGUGUCCCUGGCUGCCCCAAACCCCAGAGCGCCAGUCACCCAUGCCCCAGGGCCACGAAGAGUGCCUCCUGGAAAUGCCAGGGGGCCUCACCCUGGGCCUGGAAGAGGAAGAGGUCGGGGUGGGCCUCCAAGACAAUAAAGAGUCAUGAUUCAAGGACUGAAUUACCUACAAUUCACCACAAACAACCAGUGACCAUUGCAGUCAUAGUCAUACUGUAUAUGGAGGGUGCCACUAUAAUAAUACAUUUGUUUUAAUUCUUUAGAUG